AUUCUCAAUCCAGCUUCUGCAAACAGACUUUAUGGGUGCUGAUGACAAGGUUCUUGGUUAUGAUGAAGUUUCACUUCACAACACUUCCAAAGAUUGUUGGGUCAUCAUAAACGCCAAGGCAUAUGAUGUUACAAACUUUUUGGAUGACCAUCCGGGCGGUGGCGAUGUUUUGCUAGAAGCAGCAGGAAAGGAUGCAAGUGAAGAAUUCGAGAGUGCAGGUCAUGGUAGUGCUGCAAGAUUAAUGCUAGAUGAGUAUUAUGUUGGGGAGAUUGAUCCAUCCACCAAGCCUAGUCCCAAGCCUGCUGCUACUGCACACUUGCUUAGUAAAGAGCCCAAAGAUGAUAAUGCAAAAUCAUCUGGACUCCUUGUCAAGCUUCUUCAAUUUCUGCUCAUUUUAGGAUUGGCUGCAGGAAUACAUUUUUUCACAAAGUCAAGUUCAAAUUUUGAGCUUUGAGAUCUUAACCAAAAGAAAGAAAAAAUAAAAGCACUGACCUCCAGUUGGCUUCUUGCAUGCUUGUGAUUUAGACAUUCUACCAAAGUUUAUGAAACUCUUGCGUUUGUCCCGUUUCUGAUCAAGCUUUUGCUCAAU